AGCAAAAUGAGCUUUUUCGACAAAUGGGGUUACGAUGACAUCAGGACUAAAGAAUUAGAUGAUCUCUGUGAGAUCAAGCAUUAAGGAAUACAAUCAUUUCAAGAUAUCGCCUUAGUCAAACAAUAGUAUGUAUUUCUAAUAUUAUGCAAGACUUGAAUUGAUGAAGCUUCAAUCCUUCCAAUUGAGAGAAUAAGUCCAAGUGAAAAGAGAGAACUUAGAAUAAAUUUAAGAAUUAACCAAAAAUAUGGAAUUGCUCCUAGAUGAGGAAUCCCAAGACAUUGAAAAGAAAAUUGAGGUGGAGAGGAAAACAAACAAUGAACUAAGUCAAUACAAUAUCAAAAAGCAAUCCAACCCUCAUUUAGAAGAUUUAUAACAAUACAUUACCCCUUUGAAUGAGAAGACAUAGUUAUAUUAGCAAAUCUAAAAUAAACGAAGAGAAUUGUUCGGUGACAACUAUACUUUAAUGCCACCUCAGGUAAUUAUUGAGAAAUUAUAUCAAAUUAGACUUUUAAGGAUGCCUUGAAAGAGAACUACGAUCUGAAAUAGUAGUUGCAUGAAUUAAAAAUGAAGAUUAAGUAAUGA